GAUACAUAGGCUACUUUGUUACCCCCUGAAUGUGCAACUUGAAACGGGACUUUAUCUUGACAUCUGUUCGGUGGCAACAGCAAUGCGUCGCAGUCUUUCUGCUGCCUUCUCAUAAUUGGCUGAACAAGCAGUGAUGCUCCAUCCACCGCUAACCUUGCCCUGGACCAAAGAGAGGAAAGCUUGAGGAGCGCGCGCAUCAGGACGUCAAAACGCUAAUAACAGAACAGGUGGAAUUUGCAGCGUUUCUACGAUUCUCUCUCAACUGGGAACAUGUUUUCCCACACCAUGUCUGUCAGAAUUGGGAAGGAAUGUCACCAAUGAAUAUCUGUCAAAGAAUUGACUGAAAACACCGCGAGUCUCUUGUAGCCGUCUUGGCUAUCAGCUUCAGCUUCUGACUCCGUGUAUAGUAGCUCACCCGUCAACUGAAAGGACGAUACACGGACCCUACUAUCAUGCCCGCAGAAGUCAACGACCCUGAGAGCAUUUUGAGCUACCAGAGGGCAGAUGAGGAAGUGGUAGUGGACCAAGGAGGAACCAGCUCAGUCCUCAACAUCCACUAUGAGAAGGAGGAGCUAGAGGGCCACAGGACUCUGUUUUUGGGGGUGAGUAUGCCCAUGGGUAGACAGAGCCACCGCCACCACCGCCCCCAUGGCUCACGCCACCGCAAGAAGGACAGGAGGGCAGGGAAUGCUACGCAGCAGGACGAGGAGGGAGAGGGGGCCUCAGCCUCUCAUGACACUCCAUCCCAGCGUGUCCAGUUCAUUCUGGGGACAGAGGAGGAUUCUGAACAUGUGGCCCACGAGCUCUUCACUGAGCUGGAUGAGAUCUGUGUCAAAGAGGGCAAGGACGCAGAGUGGAAAGAAACUGCCAGGUGGUUGAAGUUUGAGGAGGACGUGGAGGAUGGAGGAGAGAGGUGGAGUAAGCCUUAUGUGGCCACGCUGUCCCUCCACAGCCUGUUUGAGCUGCGUAGCUGCCUCAUCAACGGCAGUGUACUGCUGGACAUGCAGGCCAACACCAUCGAGGAGAUCGCAGAUAUGGUGUUGGACCAGCAAGAGGCGUCCCAUGAGCUGGACGACAGUGUGAGGCUGAAGGUAAGGGAGGCCCUGCUGAAGAGACACCACCACCAGAACGAGAAGAAGAGGUCAGGCCAUCACCAGCUCAUCCCUGACAUGGUGCGCUCAUUUGCCGAUGCCGGACGCAAGCACUCUGAACCCCACAUGGACAAGAGCGGUCCAACUGUCUCCCCCCAGCCUCCCCCCACCAACAUAGAGGUAAAAAAUGGAGCCAACCACGACAACAGCCAAGUGGACCUUAGCAAGGUGGACAUGCACUUCAUGAAGAAGAUUCCUACAGGAGCCGAGGCCUCUAACGUCCUGGUGGGAGAGCUGGACUUCCUGGAGAGACCUGUGGUGGCCUUCGUACGCCUCUCCCCUGCCGUACUGCUCACUGGCCUCACUGAGGUCCCCAUACCCACCAGGUUCAUGUUCAUCCUCCUGGGCCCAGACGGAAAGGCUCAGCAGUACCACGAGAUUGGCCGCUCCAUGGCAACCAUCAUGACUGACGAGAUUUUCCAUGAUGUGGCAUAUAAAGCUAAGGACCGCAGUGACCUGCUGGCUGGUAUAGAUGAGUUUCUGGAUCAGGUAACCGUUCUGCCCCCCGGGGAGUGGGACCCUUCCAUCCGCAUCGAGCCCCCCAAGAGUGUCCCCUCUCAGGAGAAGCGGAAAAUUCCAGGGAUGCCCAAUGGUACGACCUGCCCUGUGGAAGAGGAGUUUCAUGCAGAACAUCAUGGUCCUGAGCUCCAGAGAACAGGAAGAUUGUUUGGGGGUCUGAUCCUGGACAUUAAGCGGAAGGCUCCGUUCUAUCUGAGUGACUACAAAGAUGGGUUGAGUCUUCAGUGUGUUGCCUCCUUCCUCUUCCUCUACUGCGCCUGCAUGUCCCCAGUCAUCACCUUCGGAGGCCUGCUGGGGGAGGCUACGGAGGGACGCAUUAGUGCCAUUGAGUCUCUGCUGGGAGCAUCCAUGACAGGAGUGGCCUACUCUCUGUUUGCUGGUCAGCCUCUCACCAUCCUGGGUAGCACAGGCCCUGUCCUCGUCUUUGAGAAGAUCCUCUUCAAGUUCUGCAAGGACUAUGACCUGUCCUACCUGUCUCUGAGGACCUGUAUCGGCCUGUGGACGGCCUUCCUGUGUCUCGUCCUGGUGGCCACAGAUGCCAGCUCCCUGGUCUGCUACAUCACCCGCUUCACAGAAGAAGCCUUUGCUUCCCUUAUCUGCAUCAUCUUCAUUUACGAGGCUCUGGAGAAGCUCAUCCACCUGGGGGAACACUACCCCAUCAACACCCACAGCGACCUGGACAAGCUCACCCUGGCAUACUGUCGGUGUGCAGAGCCUGAUAACCCCAGUAAUACAACCCUGGAGCUAUGGAGUCAGAAAAACAUCACUGCUUCUGCUGUGCCUUGGGCCAACCUUACUGUCAAGGAGUGCAUAGAUCUGCAAGGCCACUUUGUGGGUACAGCUUGUGGACACCAUGGCCCCUACACCCCUGACGUACUCUUCUGGUCGGCCAUCCUCUUCUUCGCCACUGUCUUCAUGUCAGCGUUCCUCAAAGAGUGUAAGACCAGCCGCUAUUUCCCCACCAGGGUGCGGUCCAUGAUCAGUGACUUUGCGGUCUUUAUCACCAUUGUAUUUAUGGUCAUGCUUGACUUCCUGAUUGGAAUCCCCUCGCAGAAGCUGCAGGUGCCCAGCAACUUUAAGCCCACCCGAGAUGACCGUGGUUGGUUGAUCAACCCGAUAGGUCGAAACCCGUGGUGGACAGUCCUGGCUGCAUCCAUCCCUGCUCUGCUCUGCACCAUCCUCAUCUUCAUGGACCAACAGAUCACCGCUGUCAUCAUCAACCGCAAGGAGCAUAAACUACUGAAGGGCUGUGGCUAUCACCUGGACCUGCUGAUGGUGGGGGUGAUGCUGGCUGUGUGCUCCAUUAUGGGCCUGCCCUGGUUCGUGGCAGCCACCGUGCUCUCCAUCUCCCACGUCAACAGCCUGAAACUGGAGUCAGAGAGCUCGGCCCCCGGGGAACAGCCCCGCUUCCUGGGCAUCAGAGAGCAGAGGCUCACAGGCCUGGUCAUCUUCCUACUGAUGGGCCUCUCUGUCUUCAUGACUGGGGCUCUGCAGUUCAUUCCCAUGCCUGUCCUGUAUGGAGUAUUUCUCUACAUGGGAGCCUCAUCUUUGAGGGGGAUACAGUUUUUUGACCGUCUAAAGUUAUUUGGUAUGCCAGCCAAGCACCAGCCAGACUUCAUCUACCUGAGACACGUUCCCCUGAGGAAGGUGCACCUGUUCACCAUCACCCAGCUCACCUGCCUGGCCCUGCUCUGGAUCAUUAAAACCUCCAAGGCUGCCAUUGUCUUCCCCAUGAUGGUUCUGGCUCUAGUGUUCAUCCGUAAGUUGUUGGACCUUUGCUUCACUAAGAGGGAGCUGAGUUACCUGGAUGACAUAAUGCCUGAGAGCAAGAAGAAACAACUGCAUGACGCCUCCAAGAAUGUUGACAUUGAGCAGGAUGAGGAGAUUCUGGGUACAGCAGUAGAGGAUAAGACCUCAGUCCAUAUCCCCAUGGAGAGCAGCAAGCUCCUGCAGUUCCCCAAAACACACGACCCCAGGUGUGACCCUUCUGAUAUUAACAUAUCUGAUGAGAUGUCUAAAACCACCGUAUGGAAAUCCCUCAACGCCAACCAAAAGGACAGUCGCAUGGGGGCUGCUAAGAAGGAUUGAAAUUGAAGGUCUGGAAUUUAUAGAUCAGUGAGAGUGGAACCAGAUGACUACAGAGGCUGUGAGCUACACUUCAAUAAGCCAGACCCAUAGGUCAUAGAGCAUUUCUAAUGCCCCCUUGUGUUUUGGCUCAUACACAUCUUUAACCCAAACACCUCCUCUACAAUACCGACCCCAAGACCCCAAGAUUCCUAACGGCUGCUCUCAUACACCCCCAACACACACACAUUCCCUCAAACAACCACAACCACAACAACA